UACGUGUUGGUGACAAAAUCUCCGCCAGCAUCACGCUGAGCACGAGGGCCCCCCAAGGCUCAGUCCGCUGCUCUUCACCCGGCUGACGCAUGACUGCACAGCAACAACCGCAUAGUGAAAUUUGCUACCGACACGACUCUGGAAAUGCGACGUCAUUCAAAGAAGAAACAUGCAGUGUUGUUCUUGCUGCUCCUUGCGGGGGGCUUCUACUUGGUGCACUAUUCACACUCAUUCAUCACUGACCCGAACAGGUCAGAGGAACCAAUGAACAUCGCAUGGAAGGCAGAAAGGAUGGUCAGUAUGGAGUCAUGGGUGGAGCAAGGAGAUUACCUGCCUCUCAAUGUGACCUAUCAACUGCUUGCAGGGAUACCAGUCACUCAAAUGAGGCAUCUAUGCAUUGGACUAUCGUCGGUGAAGAGGAAGAAGGGCAGCUAUCUGAUCCCCACGUUAGUAUCCCUCUUCUCUCGAUCAUCUCCUGAAGAGCACUCCUCCAUGGUGGUUGUAGUUCUGCUGGCAGAUUCCGAUGUCAACUGGCUGACGACCACAGUGACGGAAAUAAAAUCAGAAUUUUCAUCAGCACUAGAGCAAGGUCACCUGCUGGUCAUUCAUGUCCCUGAGGAAAACUAUCCACCGACUACAGGUCUAAAAAGGAACUACAAUGAUUCUUCUGCGAGAGUAUCAUACCGCUCCAAGCAGAACCUGGAUUAUGCUUUUCUUAUGCACUACAGCUCAGGUGUGGGCAGAUACUACCUCCAGCUGGAGGACGACGUCUCCUCCGCAAAGAACUUCCUCACAACCGUAAAAAAGCGUGUGGAGGAGCAAGAAGCUAAGACGACGACCUGGGCAAUGCUGGAGUUCUCCAACCUUGGCUACAUUGGCAAACUCUACAAGUCGGCCCACCUCCCUCUGCUGGCACGUUUUCUCUUCCUCUUCUACCAAGAAAUGCCUUGCGACUGGUUGAUGUCUCACUUUCGAGUCCUGCUGACUCAGAAGGAGCCCAUCCUUUUCAAGCCUUCCUUAUUCCAGCACAUGGGGACUUUCUCUUCAUUCCAAGGGAGAGAGAACAAACUAAAGGACAAGGACUUUGAGGAGGGGGUCUAAUCCAAUCCUCCAGCGGGAAACACUUUCCCAAACUAGCCUGGGAGGCCGGGGAAAGAUUCUUCUGGGGUUGUGUUUACAGACCCAAGAGUGGUGACAGGAAUAACUGUUGAGACUGGGUCAGAGGGGAAAGAUAUUUUGGGCUCAGCGCAGGUGGAAAUAGGACGCAGUGUGAUCACCACAUUUGACUUGACACAAUUGAAUGUAAAUGCAAGCCAAUGUGCCUGUUUAUCUUGAGACUAGCAGAUUUCAACCUCUCUUGAGCUGUACUCACGGCAACCACAAGAAAAAAGUACAGAAUUGUCAAGAAAAUAAUACAAUAAUACAUAGUAAUAAUAAUGGCCAGAGCUUUUUACUGAUGCUUAAUGGGUCCAAAAAAAACUUAUGGUUCAUUUGUCACUGACUUAAAGAAUCUUUGAUAUAUUUGUAUAUGAAAUAUAUGAGAUAUAUUAAAGUAUUGUACAACAUGUGCUACAUUGUUAAAUGAAAGAACAAACUGAAAUAAAAAAAAUUUGAAUA